CCGUUUCUCUUCGGCCCCCUCUCUCUAUUUCUUUCCCCUUGAGGACUGCUUGGAGUGCCGUGUUGUUGGGAGAGAGAGAGAGCGAGAGAGAAAGAGAGAGUGUGUGUGGGAGCCGGGGUGCAAGUGUAUAAUUCAAUAUGUGUGGAUUAUGAUAAUACCAGAUCGAUGCCAAAUAACAGCGAAACAAUGACUGAGCGCCCAUUCACUUGAAUAACCCCCCACACUGGUCGACGGGUCUAUACAACAGCAGCAACAGCAGCAGCGUCAGCAUUCAGCCGCCACAGCAAACAACAACAACAACAACGAGUUUUGCAACGGAACACCAGUCAGCUGACCACACUACCGGAAAAAAUCAUCAAGACUGCCAGUUUGAAAACCUCACGUCCAAAGUUUGCUGAUCACCCACCCACCCAACUUUGACUUCGACGAAAAUAACAAAACAAAACAAAACAACCCAGAAUUAAAAAAACAGCACCACUUGACUCGUCCUGCAUUGUGCAGCCACCACACUCGGAUUGCUCAAAAGACAAAAACCACGUCACUGGAACUUUUAAUUACGGCAAGCGUGUCGAAAUCGCCCGAAAUCGCUGCAAAGGAAAAGUCUCGCUCUCGGCAGAGAUAAGUCUUCUUCAAUCUUCUUCUCCUUCUUCCCUUCUUCUCACAUUCCGCACAACAGCGGAGGAACGCCACGAGAUCUGCCUACAUCUAAACCCACAAGGAUAUUACGUAUCUAUCGACUGCAGAGAAUAAUUUCUCAGAUUUCACCACCUGUGCGUCAUCGCGUGCGUGUGCGUGUACAAGUUAAGGACGAAAAGAGGACGACCACGUCAGCUCAAUCACAAAGCAGGUCGCAAGGAGCGGUGAUAGUGGUGAUCUUCUUCAGCCAGACCAGAAGACCAAACCAGUAUAUUAUAUCAUAGCGGUCAACGAACAAGAGGAAGACCAUACAGUAAACUAGAAAGAAGGAAGACGCACCAGUCAAUAAUAGAAAACGUUCUACAACAACAGCAGCAAUAACAGAAACAACAGCAAUAAUAAUAACAACAACAACAACAACAACAACAACAACAACAACAACAACAACAACAACAACAGAAAAAACAAAACACCAAAAACAAACGACACACAGAGAAGAAAGAAAACUAAAUUAAGCAACAACAGUAAAGGCCACCAAUUUCUACUUAAACAGUAGACAAUAACAAGAACAAAAGGUCACCUAAACACAACAGCAAAUACCAAAAGAAAACCACAGACCACCCACCCACAACUAAACCAAACCACCAAGGGCGGCGUUGUCGUUGCUGUCAUUCCUGAAUACGACAACAACUAAAACAAAUACAACAACUAAACCAAACAACCCCAAAAACAAAACAAGAAUCAGAAGAUGCUUCUAGAAGGCACGUCCCCGGACAUGAUGUCCGCCCAGUCCAAGCUGCUGUUCCAGAUCAACAAGUACUACAACGAGCGGGUGCACGCGCGCAAGGCCAGCAUCAACAAGACCAUCCGCGAGGUGUGCAAGGUGGUGCAGGAUGUGCUCAAAGAGGUGGAGGUGCAGGAGCCCAGGUUCAUCAGCAGAGAUGUGGUCAAGAUGAUCCCGGACACCACCGAGGUGCGGCUGCGCAUCAAGGAGCGCUACGUGGUGCAGAUCACGCCGGCGUUCCGCUGCGGGGGGAUCUGGUGCCGCUCGGCCGCGCACUGGCCGGUGCCGCACGUGUCCUGGCCCAACCCCAACCUGGUGGCCGAGGUGAAGACGGAGGGCUUCGACCUGCUCUCCAAGGAGAGCAUCUACAUGAAGGACAAGCAGUCGGCCGCCGAGGGCGACGCCUGGGUCAUGUCCUUCCGCUACGCCGAGGACCGGCUCAUGUACGGCGGCUGCCGGCGCCGCUGCCUGUCCAUCCUCAAAACGCUGCGGGACCGGCAUCUGGACAUCCCCGGCCAGCCCAUCCUCAACUACCACAUGAAGACGCUGCUGCUGUACGAGUGCGAGAAGCACCCGCGCGAGAUCGAGUGGGACGACACGUGCAUCGGCGACCGGAUCAACGGCAUCCUGCUGCAGCUCAUCUCCUGCCUGCAGAACCGCCGCUGCCCGCAGUACUUCCUGCCCACCGUGGACCUGUUCAAGGGCAAGUCCACGGCUGCCAUGGACAACGUGGCAAAGCAGGUGUGGAGGCUGGUGCGGGAGCUGCUCACCAACCCGCGCAGUCUCGAAGCGCUGUGACGCACUACCGACCUACCUGCCUACCUAGCUACCUACCAACCUAUACCUUCAAACCUACCUACUCCCACCACCACCACCACCACCACCACCCACUUUGCUCCAGGCUCCAGGCUCGACCGCUCGCUCAUUCGGGUUAUUAAACAACAACCGCUUUGUUCACGACGAAACGACUGCUUUAUUCACGACUUAAUGACAACCAUCUCCACUUUGAGGUCCGCCGUCGUAAUCUAACCGGAUAUUCUCCAGUAGUCGUCAACUCUCUACACCACAGCUUGUCAACCUUUAAUAUAACCAGCCAGCCAGCGAGCCCUCAUUUUAGCCAUGUUUAAGAAGGAGGCUACAAAAUCUUCGUACUGCCCAACCACAUAUAUUUUCAAGCGGCUUAUUAAACAUCACCGGCUGUCAUUAAAAACGCCAACCAAAAUCACCAAAUCGCCCACUAGUGGGCCAUAUCGCCAAGGUUGGCAAACACUGCCUGCACCACCGGCCACCUCCACUCGUCGUAAGCAAUAGUUUCGGAUACAUCAAGGUUGGCCACUACUCUUGACGACAAUAUCUUAUUAUUAUCACCCAGAAAGAGAAUGUUGUAACUAAAGGAAACGCUUCUCCAGUCACGGGAUGAGGAUGACGAUAA